AUGCCGACUGACCAUCAGGACACGUGCUCUACCCAGCCAUCACCACGACCGUCAGGAUCGUUGCAUCGACCGCGCUCACACACGCCGACGCCUCGCGAUCCUUUGCAACAAGUCCUGUCGCUCGCGCAGGCACGCAACAUGGACAGCUCGCAGCACAGCCCGAACGCGGCAGGCAACGGCACGACUCGGCUGCCUGGCCUUGCGGGCACGCAGUCGGAGAAGCAGCUCACCCAACGCGAGCUCGCGGCGCUCAAGACGAUCAAGCGCAAUGUCGACACCACAAAGUACGGCGGCUGGAUGCUCGGCGCUGCCGGAACGUUUGUGCUGCUCGGACGGCGCAAACCGCCGCCGCGUCUUCUUUCAAAGCUCGGGUGGAGUGUGGUGGGCGGGCUUGGAGGCUCGUUCCUCACCAUGCCCAUCGGCAUCAUGAUGAGCCGUGGUGCGCUUAAAGAUGUGGAAGACCCUCAGCAUCUGCGUAUGGUGCUGGCGGGUGCCAUCGAGGAGCAGCGCCAGGGACGCAAGCCCCAGGUGAGCGUUGCCCCGCCCAAGGGCCUGGAUGGCGAGACCGAUGCUCAGCAAGAGUGGGGCGGCGAACGCGCCGCACAGACAGAGGCAGCCUCCUUCGAUAGUACGGGAAACCUCAAGACACAGGGAGGCUCGGAUUCGUUCGACUCGUUCUCGUCUUCGCAGCCGUCUUCCAGCACGAGAAAUGGACGCGGCAACGCCGGUAUGCCGGCUGCCGGCCCUUCGAACGAUGGCGAGUCGCCUACGGGCACAGGUGCUGGAACGCGCUGGGCGCAGCUGCGGGGUGAGCGCAGUGUCGAGCCCAGCAAGUGGGAGCGCAUCCGCCAGGACAACGCGCGCACUGCGUACUCGCGCUCAGGAUCGGCGCAGGCAGAGCCGUCCGACACGCCAUCGCAGGGCGCUCAACUCGGCUCUGCCAACAGUGCACCUCCCUCGCGACCACUUCGGCCGGCGCCGCGCUCGCGCGACGAGCCGGUGAUGACGCUCUCGGGUGACCAAGACGAUCCGCGCUGGUCGUCGCCCGCGAGCUUUUCUCCGCAGUCGAGCGGGUGGGGUGGCGGCGAGUUUCUUGACGAUCCGGCGGGUGGCGACAAAGAUGCCACGCAACGAAGCCGUGCGAAUGGCCGACGUGGCUAUGGCAUCCUGUCGGUCAACGAGGAGCGUGGCGGGGUUCAAAUCGAGUCGGAUGCGCCUAUCCAGGUCGUCAAAGGCUCGCUGCUCACCGCUCUGGGAGGCGGCCUUUUUGGGUCGGCGUACGGCGUGCUCAAGGGGCGUCAAGGUGCAGGCACGAUUCUGGGCACAAGGAUGGCGAUGAGCACGUUUGCUUUUGCGUUUCCGUUCUUUGCGGUGCGCGAGUACGUAAUCUCGCCCGUGCUGAACCGCACGUCGAGUGGACCGGAUCCGGCCAACCGAAGCAUGCGACUGCGCACGGUGGCACCCAACCGCCACACGCACAAUCUGCUCGCCAGUGGGCUGGCGGGUGCGGUGGUCGGUGCGGGCGCUGCCGCCUUCACACGAGGUCCACGAGCGAUUCACAAGGGCGUGGCGACUUUCGGCGUGGCGUGCACGGCGCUGCAAUUGGCAGGCAACGAAACUCGCAUUGUGCGCGAUGCACUGCUUCGACCCUCGCCGCGUCCUGUCCCGGUGGCCGCCUCGCCAUCCAGCCCCGAUGCGGCUGUGUCGGCAUCGCAGGCUGUGGCGCCGAUGGCUGACGUGCAGCCGACACCGUCCGCAAGCGAGACGCAGGAGACCAAGCCGCAAAAGUCGGCUUCGUGGCUGUCCAAGGUGAAGAAUGCCAUGCCCAUCAGGAGCGUCACGGACGAAGAGUACGAGGAGAAGCUCAACAAGCGCCUCACCAGCGUCAACCAGCGCAUGGCCGAUGUCGAGACCGAGAUCCGCGAGAUCGAGGCGCUGCUCCAGCAGAAGGAGGCAGGCUUCCGGCCCACUAGCUAG